CCAUAAUAAUCAAUAGCACUAGUAUUUUAUUCCCUAUUUUAUAUUGGAAAUUUAAGGGAAAACGUGAUAGCUUGUGGCAAUGUUUAAAGUGGAACUCGAUUUUGAUAUUGUUUUCCCCCGUUUCCUAUCAACUGGACAGAUGGAAGUGUCUGUUUAUGCAUUGAGUAGUGUUGUAAAGAUUUAGUAAAUAUUUCACACUCGAUUAGUAAAAGUAACAUCCAUACAGUUUAUUAUUUGUGAAUUCAUGUGUUUUCGCCCAAACCUACGAGAGUACCACGCUGCUGUCGCUGGGUCUGCUAGAAAUAGCAAUUGUGUCCUAUCUUCAUAAAUUCCCCAAGGAAGUAGACAUUGGAUAAUGUAGUUCUAGAUAUAUUAUGUAUGAAUAAAAGACUGAAUGGUUCAUGGCAAGGGUGUCUUUGAUAGUAGUUUAUGCUUAACAAGAGCUGUCUCUGAGCAGGAAUCCGUAAUACAGUAGAGGAUCGUUAAGAGAUGUAACUACUGGAUUGAUAAUUCCUGUUUUAAAAUCAUUUUUAUGGAUAAACAUCGAAAAUCGCAGCCUUAUUAAUAAAUUGAAGUUGUUUGAUUAGAUGUACGUGGCGACAUGCGAUGAUGAACAUUAACUUUUCUAGGACGUUUCAUAAACUGUGUGAAAGAGAGAUGGAGCUAUGAUGGUUUGUGGUUAGAUUAUAAUAGAUAUUAAAAGAAAAUAUCAAUACACAGAAUUAUAAAAAGAAAUAAAGAAUUGCCGCUGAGAACUGUAGUUGUUACUUGGCCUCAUGUCAGCCCUGUUCGAACAUACCUGUGGUCAAAUGCAUUCCAGCUGCAGCUAUCCCGUCUUUUAUUCAGACUCGAGGAAAUCUGAUGUGAACCCAUUGUAAGAAGAAACAUGAGUGACUCAACAAAGGUCUCCUCGUUCCGUUGUGUGAUUUGCAAGCUGUCCUAUGCAAGUCAGCUGGAGCUGCGGGAGCAUCUUUGGUCUUUGAUGCAUCAUGUCAGAUUGGAGCAGAAACAAAAACCCCCAGAACAUCUGUGUUGUCUGUGCCAGGCUUCCUCAAAUAAUUUAGUUCAAUAUGGCCAGCAUUUGAAUGAACUCAGACACAAAAAAGCACUGACAAAAUUACGAGAGAAAAAAAUAUCUGAGAGUACAAAACCUUCCUCUAUGUUGCCUUUGAAGACAACUGUUCCACCUUUUCUUAUGCCAAAUGAGAGUUGGCAUUUAAAUUACCCCUUUUCCCACUUAAAACCUUACAUCUCUCCUUUAAACAGUCGUAAACAUUUGCCACAGCCAUAUCAAAGGUAUCCGCCAGGGAUAGGCCAUGGUGACCAAUAUGUAAGAGAGAAUCCCAUGAGACCUGGUGUCCAUUUUAGUGAGGAGAGAAUAAAUUUGAAUUGUAAUGAGAGCAAUUCUGUGGUUGGUGGUGGUGGUGGUGGUGCUAACACGAAUGUGGCUGUGGUAGACCAGGAAUUUUUUAAAGUUCAUCCAGUCAAACAAAAUGAGGAUUUUGUUGGCAAAAAAAAUGCCAUGAUGAAGAAAAAGAAAAUUAAGAAAGAUAAAGUAGAUAUCCCAAGCAGUUCAUCCACGAAUGACCAAAGCUUGUCAGCCAAUCGGCUUCCUGAGAGUAGCUCCCACUCUAAAAAGGAAUUGGUGAAAGAUAGCAAACAGAGUUUAUCCAGAAGUGUAUUAGCCCCAAGAUCUAAGAAAAAAAUGAUUGUUACAACCCCUUCUGGCUUUAGACAAGGACUGUUUUUAGAGGAGGAUUUUCAGAAAAAUAACUUAGACAUUGUCCGGUUGAAUUUGAUUAAUGCCACAAAUGACAAAGGAGAUAAAGUAUUUACAAAUAAACUGACAGCAGGGUUCAUGAAAGAUAAUAAUAAUAGUUCUCAACAUUCCUCUUUAUCACGUGUCCAAACUAGAGUCUUCAGAUCAUCUAAGUUCACAACUAAAAACAGACCUUUAAAAACAUCAAACACCCAAAAAAAACAUUUAAGACCUCUACAAUUAUCACCCUUGAAAGUUCCCUCCAGAGCACAACCUGAAUCUGUUUUAAAAGCCAUUCCUUCAAAGGUCAUCAAGUCAUUUGAAGCUGUUAAAGACAACCUGGGUGAUAAGUCAAAAGCGCUUAAUCAAAACAGCUUUUGUGUUUCUCAGAUGGAAACAGAAUCAAAUGAUAAAACUAUCAAAGUGCAGAGUGAAAACUUAUUACUUUCACCCUCUGUACCCAAUGAUGCUAUGGAAACGUCCAAAGAUAGUCACAAUUCACCCUCUGUACCUAGUAAUACUAUGGAAACGUCCAAAGAUAGUCACAAUUCAUCCUCUGUACCUAGUGAAGCUAUGGAAACAACCAAUAACAUUAACAAUUCAUCCAGUAUAGUUAGUGAGGCUGUGCAAACAUCCCAGAAUAGUAAAUAUUCACCUAAUAUACUCAGUAAUACUGUGGAAACUUCUGAAAAUAGUAAUAAUUCACCCAAUAUACCUUGUGUUACUGUGGUAGCUACCAAAAAUAGUAAAAACUUAGAAAUUUGUAAUUCUUUGUCUCAAAGUUCUGAAAACAGUGGACUGAUAAUCAAGUCACCUGACUCUAAGGAGUCUGACUCCAAGACAACAAAAUCAAUUGAAAUGAAACCAAAUUCUUCUUCAAGUAGCAUAGACCUUACAACUUGUAAACCAACUGGUUCUUUGAGUGAAACUGCAGUUAGUGGUGUGGCAAGGAAAAGGACUCUUUCUUCGGAAUAUUUUGCAGUUUCGGGGAAACCUAAUCUCUUGAAAAAACUAAAAUGUUCUACAAGUAAGGAAAUGAGCAUUUCUGAGAAAAAUCAAAACUUGAAUCCAGAUGCUACAAAAAAUUCAGGGAAAAAGGUUGAAACUGCAAGUAAUUUCUCAACUGUUUCCAGUUUACAAGAACGUUCAAAUCAUUCAGAAGAAAUGACUCCAGCAAAGCCCGAUUCAGCAACUGUGGAGAAACAACAGCUUAGUAAAAAUGUCGGCAAGGAAGAACUGGUAAAAAUGACCAAACUUUCUUGCUUAAACCACAAGGAAAAGAUGCAUUUAAGUUCUGUAAUGAAGUCCUACACAAAGACUCAAAACAAGAGAUCAGCAGUACCAAGGUUGACCAUGCAGCUGUCUAGUGUCUAUAACAGUGCCAACCAAGAGGAAAACAAUGAAAAGUUGAACUUACCUGAGGGCUUAGAGGAACAAAUAACAAUGUUGAUUAAGAAAGAGAACAUGGAUGAAUUAGGAAAUACAGAGACAUUUUCCAAUUCAGACCAGUUAAUGACAAAAACUAGUCAAGCAAAUAUACAGAUGGGUCUCGUACCAACCACAGUAUCAGAUCCUUUACAACCUUUAUUCACUCUUGAUCAAUCAAACUUUAGUUCUGCAAGUAAAAAGUCCUCACUUUCAGCAGGAAACAAAAAAAGCCCCAAGAGUUCUGCGGUAAAGUCUAAAACUACUAAGAAAUCUUUGUCCAAAAAUGCACAGCAAACACCUCCAUCAAGUUGUGCUACCAUCUGUACCCCUACGACAACAACCAAUACUGCUAUUUCAACAAUAACUACCACUACAUCUACUACUGCUGCAAGUAACUCAUCCAAAAUAGUCAACCAGAAUGUUGCAGUGGAGAACACAGUGGAACCAAACAGCCAGACACCUGAUGUUUUCAACCAGGUCUAUUUGUUAACUCUGCAAGAGGAAGAGGUAUGCGGUAACAUCAGUAAUUUAAAUCAAAGAAUCUCUUACUUGGAGAAAUUAAUUGAAGAUUCAAAGAUUGCUCAGCAAGCCUGUAAAGAUGAACUUCUGGGCCUCAUGAAAGAAGAGCAAAACAUUCGAAAAAUGCGCAUAGGCAUUCUCAAAGAAGCUAUGGGAGACACUAAUCGCAGUAACAGUGAAUUAAUUAAUCACUUGUUGAGAUCUCACUUGGCUUCUGAGGGAACAUACCAAAACAGCUCAGUACCACCAGAAUCAUCUAAUGAACAGCUAUUUGGUAUGCAACAAGAUGGGACAACGGCACAAGAAACAUUUAGACCUGCUGCUGUGUUAGAAAAUACUGGCAUGCUAACCACAGCACAACAAAAACAACCCAUGCUGGCUGCUCUGUUAGCAAAAGGAAACCAAACUGAGUCAGUGUUCAACAAACCCCAAAUGAAUUGUCCAGGUUCUUUCACACAACAGAAACCUCACCAGUCAAGCUCUGUUUCACAAAAGAAAAUUAUGGCAAAUCUUUUGUUAACAAAAGAUGUCACCAAAGGUCUGAAAGUGCCCGAAGCAUUAAAAGACUGUGUGUUUAAAAAUCAAAAGCCCUUUUCAGAUACGCUAAAGCAACAGGAAAGUUCACAUGGCAUAUUUUCUCAAGUAGGGAUCAAUACCUUGCAACCACCAGAUAUUCCAAAUAACAUUUCUUCUGGGAAAAAAGGACCAAAGGGUAGUAUUUUCCAAUUCAACCAGGAGGAUCCUUUAAUGUCAACAAAAGAAAUGAAUAUCUUAAAAUCUUCAAAAUCUCUACACUUUUCUUUCCCUUCACAACAACACAGUAAUUUCAAAGCUCCGUCUUGUGUGUCAUCAUCAUCGAAAAUUUCUGAUAGUAUUUUUACCAACUCUAACAAUAAUAAUACAUCAGGUUCUGUUAACGUGCAAGCAAACAUAACGGACUUAUCUAAAAAAGUGUCAGAAAUCAGCCAUAGUUUAAGUUGUGUGAAGAAGGAAGUUGAUGGAAAUUGUGAAUCCGAGGUAAAUAAGGGUUCUGUUGAGCCAACAACACUUCCAGUGACCUCCACAUUUAACAAUGUUCAAAUCAAAACGGAGCCAAUCUCUCCAGAACCCAUUGAAACUAAUCCACCAGUUUCUGAUUCAGGCUUUAACUUUGUAAGCAUUAAAGAAGAACCAAAAUCACCGACAGACUUUGGUGGAUUUGGUUUGGGUGAACUUAACCAAGAUUCCUCAUCAGCUUUUUCCCACAUUGAUAACCAACAGAAAGUGAACUGCUUCGAAAAGGGUCAAAGCAGUGUUGAAGAAGUUAGUUCUAACACUGAUAAUCCAGUCCCUUCUGAAAAUAGGUUAGUUAAUGCCAGCAAGUCAGAGAGUUCAAGUAAUUUGCCAGUAACUUCACCAGUUCUUGAAGUGGCCACCACUACUUGUGUUCAGCAGAGUGCUACAUCAUCGCAGUCUACCACAACCUCAAACCAUUCAGCGAAACCAAAUUCAAUUCCUUCCAACCACAAUGACAAAGAGAAAUCAGAUGAAGAAUUAGAAUUCUUUUCAUCACUUUCUAUGAAAAACUUAUUAGACUCGUCUAGUAUUGAGAAUGUGGAUCCUGAAAAAUGUUCAGGUAAUGUGUCGAUGAAAUAUUUAGGGAGCAUGUCUAAUAAUUUGGUAGAACAGUUGAAAGAAUGUUGGAAGAAGCAGAAUGUUACCAUGAAUAAAUGUUUCCCACAGGGACAAACUGAUGACAUGGUGCCAGUUGCAAAUGUCUCCAAUUUACCUCCAUUUACUUCAACGUGUGAAACUUCUACGAAAACUGAGAACCACUUAUCUCCAUCACAUAUUGCUAAACCUUCUCCACCUUCUCCUUACAUUAUAAAUGUUGAUGAAUCCAACAAUUUUGUUCUGCCUGCCAGUUUAAAUCCUGUAGUUUCUAUCAAGCCACUCUCUUUAUCCUCAAAGAAUAAUUCUUCAGGAUCUAGAUAUAUAGAAAGUGUAGAUGUAAACACUGCAAAGAACAACUCAAAACUCUCAGAAACUAUUCCCAGCAAUGAACAAUCAUCAGAUGAGUUACCAAUAGAUGAUUCUUCAAUUAGUCUGAUUGUAAUUGACGGUGAUAGCAGUUCGGAAGAUAAUGGCACUGAUAACACUGUAAAUAAAUUGCCAUCUUCUACAGACCCUCGACAAGUCUUAAAUACUAUACCCAAAGGUUCCAGCACAGAUACUUUACAAAAUCAAUUUUCAACUGAAAGCCAAGAAGCGGUUUCUGAUUGCGUGUCUACCUUUAAUACUGUUUUCAAAGGUCCCAAUUGUCCUGUCACAAGUUGUGCCAUAUUUGGGAAUUACCUCUAUGUUUCAUAUCAGGGACACUCACCUCAGAAGUUUGAUCUUAAAACUGCAAUUUGUAUAAAAGAAUACGACUGUCAGCCAUUUUCAGUCCAAUGUAUGUUAGUGACUGGAUUUUCUAUUGGAAACCCACAGGUGUUCUCUGGUGGUGCGAGUGAAAUGCUUCUUGUAUUUAAUGAAAUUACUGGACUGUUGCUGACAAAAAUUGAUCUCAUGAGAAAAAUUUACACUUUUCAUGAGAAAUGGAAUUAUCUUUUUGUUGGCCUUGCUGAUGGUGGUGUGUCUAAGAUAAACGUGAAGACUUUGAAGGAAAUCAGUAAUAUAUCAUACGGAACUAAACCAAUUCAUUGUCUUGCCACUUGUACCGAAGGGGCUCUCAAAAUUCUUUGCGUCGGUGCUUAUGAUGCUUCAAUUCUUAUCGUCGCUGCAUCAUCAGGCCUUCUUUUGAAAACCUUGCAGCCCUGUCAAAGACUACUUUAUUCAAUCAAAGUGUCUCAAAACCUGAUAUACAGCUGUUCAGAAGAUAGGAAACUAGCUGUCUAUGACAUUGAAUCAGGAAGCCUUUUAAAAUGCAUUCAGGGUCAUUCUGGCACAGUGUCAUGUCUUUAUGUUGACAAUAAAAUACUUGUGACAGGUAGUCAUGAUAAACUAAUCAAUGUGUAUUGGGGAUCAGUGACAGACUUAGACAAAACAGAGCCACUCUCCUUUUAUGGUGCAGGCAAACAAAGCAUCUCCUGUUUGACUGUGUCUGAUAGGAGAAUCUACAGUGGAAACUUUUAUGGCCUUGUUGAGGCUUUUCAUUUACACGAGGGUUCCUCAUCAAAAAGUUGGGUUUGUAGAUAUAACAAAUGCACGUUAAUAUUUGGUUUCUAUGAAGACUUGAGAUUUCAUUUGCACAGUGAACACUUGAAAGGACAAAUUGCUAAGUGGAAUAAUUGGCAAUGUCAUUGGAUAUUUUGUUCAGAAACAUUUAAUUCUUUAUCUUUAUUGAUGAAACACUGUGACAGACAUCUUAAACAAUAAAUUGUAUCCAUUUCUAUUUUAA